ACGGGGAUUAACACGAGUGGUACGAUUUUCACGAAGUCCGUUCAGCUGCUUGGUUUCGCUGAUGAUAUUGAUAUUAUUGCUCGUAAAUUUGAGACGAUGGCGGAAACGUACAUCCGACUAAAGAGUGCAGCCAGGCGAAUCGGAUUAGUCAUUAAUGUGUCGAAGACAAAGUACAUGAUGGCAAAGGGCUCCAGGGAGGAAUCACCGCGCCCGCCACCCCGAAUUCAUAUCGACGGUGAUGAAAUCGAGGCGGUUGAAGAAUUCGUGUACUUGGGCUCACUGGUGACCGACGACAACGACACCAGCAGAGAAAUUCAGAGGCGCAUUGUGGCAGGAAAUCGAGUUUUCGAACGGAAGGUGUUGCGUACCAUCUACGGCGGAGUGCAGAUGGAAGACGGGACUUGGAGAAGGCGAAUGAACCACGAGCUGCAUCAGCUGCUGAGAGAACCAACCAUCGUCCAUACCGCGAAAAUCGGGAGGCUACGGUGGGCGGGUCACGUCAUCAGGAUGUCGGAUAGCAACCCGACUAAAAUGGUUCUCGAGAGUCAUCCGACCGGUACAAGAAGACGUGGAGCGCAGCGAGCCAGGUGGGUCGACCAAGUGGAGGACGAUCUGCGGACCCUACGCAGAGUGCGGAACUGGAGACAAACAGCCAUGGACCGAGUGGAAUGGAGGAGGCUACUAUGUACAGCCGAGGCCACCCCGGCCUUAGCCUGAUUGGUAAG